GAGCAGGAGGUCAGUGAGGUUCGGGAAGUCGGCUAGCGCAGACGCGUUGUGUGCCGUGUAAAACUAGCAGGUACUCGCGUUACUGUACGGACGUGUACCGUACGCACGAGUGGCUGAAUUUCAUUGACUCGGUGGGUGGUACGUUAAUUUCGAAACGAGAAGAAAAAAAAAAUCAACAAAACAAAUAAAUUUGCCAAAAAUAGAAAAAACGGGGAAACCACCGAUGCGUGGGUUGCCCGAGGUGUGAUAUAUAAUCGUACAAAUUUACCGAUUACAGAAAAAAAAAAACGGACAAAAAUCCAGAUAAAGAAAAUCUUCGAAAAGAAUACAUACGAUCCGAAUCCGAGGAACGAAGCCGCAGGUAUUCGGAGAGCAAAAAUCAAAGUGUGAGGUAGUGCGUGGAACAACGUAGUAUAGUGCAGUGUCUUCGGAAAGAUGCCUGCGAAGGGGGAGAGGGGCAAGGCGACGGACUUCAGCAUAGCGGCCAUCAUGGCGCCCAGGGGUCCCACGUUCGGACAUUACCACCUGCAGGGACUAGCCAACGCCGCCGGCAAUGGAGUGAGGACCACGCCAGCGGAUCUGGUUGCCGCGGCUACGGCCGUAGCCGCGGAAGUUUUGGAAGAGGACGACGAGGGUGACGACGGUGCGGGCGAGGCGGAGAGCGAGGACGCGGAGAGGUCCGUAAACGACGAAGAACAAGAGGUGGACGUCGACGUCGAAGAGUGCAGCAGCGUGGAGGAAACGUCACCGAGUGUCGUCGACGACCACGUAUCGCAUAAGUUUCAAGAUGGCGACGUCGAUCGCAGGCAUCGACGACGGACUAGCUGCAACUCUGACGAACUCAGGGACGUCGAGUGCCACCUAGAAACCAAAGAGCUUUGGGACAAGUUCAAUGACCUCGGAACGGAGAUGAUCAUCACCAAAACUGGACGGAGGAUGUUCCCGACCUGUCGCGUGUCCUUCGACGGAUUGAGGGCGGAGGGUCGAUACGCGGUGCUGAUGGACAUCGUACCAGUGGACAACAAGAGGUACCGAUACGCCUACCACAGGAGCUCGUGGCUAGUCGCCGGGAAGGCAGAUCCACCGGCCCCGGCCCGCCUUUACCUUCAUCCCGACUCGCCCUUCACCGGGGAACAGCUGCGCAAGCAGGUCGUCUCCUUCGAGAAGGUCAAACUCACCAACAACGAGAACGACGAGCAAGGACAGAUUAUCCUGAAUUCGAUGCACCGGUACCAGCCAAGGAUACACCUGGUGCGGUGUCGUUCGCCGGACGACAACAGUCCGAUCACCGAUCUCCAGCACGAAGAACACAAAACUUUUAUUUUUCCAGAAGCGAUAUUCACCGCGGUCACAGCCUACCAGAAUCAGCUGAUAACCAAGUUGAAAAUCGACAGCAAUCCAUUCGCAAAAGGUUUCCGGGAUUCGUCGAGACUGACGGAUUUUGAUCGGGAUCCGAUGGAACUGAUGGAACAACAGCUGGUGCGUUGCGGCGUACCGCCGCUCCGUCUGUACGAGCACCUCGCCAUGUCGUCCCCGGGUUUGGGAGGAGGCGUGCAACACGACGGCAACGGACAACACGGCGCGCACCCCCUGGCGCCCUGGUUACCCCCCGCUUCCGCCCUCGUUUACGGCGGUGUCGCGCAGGCCCACGGGCGCGGCGGCAUUCCCUCUCCCUUCGCGACGCACUUCGCGGCCUUCUCGACUCCCACCACAACGAGUCUGCCCUGGCCCAUGCUACCGCGACGACCCUCACCCUCCUCCACCGCCACGGGGAUGAGGUACGCGCCCUAUCCACCUUCGCCCUCCACACCUCCGCCGAUGCGAGUGCCACGCCCAGCCACCCCCAAUUAGCCCCGGAACUUCGCUCAUUCUUUACACCCCCCUAGUUCUGAUGUAGCUACGCCGGGAUACAAGAGCGUCGGAGUAGUAGGGUAAGGUACGCGCUAGGGUGGCCCUUAUUUUUUCUGGCUUUCUUUCCGUUCUAAUUCUCUCUUUUUCUAUCACCGGCGACGCCUACAGUGGCGGUCGCUCCGUUCGGCGCCCGCUACCGCUGCGGAGAAAUGCUUUGUCGUUCGAAACGCGGUUGAAAAACAAAAAAGAAAAUUCCACUUCUCCGUCUUUGUAAUAAUGAUUUCUUUGGUCGAAAAUAGAAUGUAACGAAGCUACUUUAUCUGGGCUGUGAUUUUUUUUUUGGGGGGGGGGGGGGGGGGGGGUUGAAAAAAUAUGUACAUUCGAGCCGCGCGAAGUAGGGGCCAUUUUACGACGCGUAGAUUUAGCCAUGUAAGUGUCGUCGUGGACAUUAGCGGUAGAUAAAUAUAUGUCGCGGUGAUAACGCUUGAAGAACGUCGUCCCCGAGAAGCCAAAGAAGAAACCCGCACGAGGGAGUUGAACGUAAAAAUGUGAAGGUGCGCGAACGUCUGCGUAGUUGAGGGCAAUUUUUAGUUUGGAUGUUCGAUAUAUUUUGGUCAGUUCGCAUUCGUUGUUAGAUUAAUAAUAUUCGAUAAUACGAUUACAUAUGAUGAGUGUAAAUGAAAUUGAAAACUUCUGGUUGAUACACAUAAUUGAUACCCUACAUAGCGUGUGAUAUGAAUACUCACCUAAUUGUUCCCCAUUUUUCUUUCCAUCUCGUCACAUUUCAUUCGUGUAAAUAUUUUUAUCAGGGUGGAAUCGAGGAAUGUAAAUUUCUUCAAAAUUAAAAAUACCUGUGUCGGAAAAAAUGUAUGAAGUGUAUCGCCGAACAAGAAUAAAGAAAAGAAAAAUCGUCGAAUUCCCGGUUGAGAGAAGGGUUUUUUUUUUCUUUUGCCUACAACUAGCGUUUGGAAAUCGCAAUGAGAUCAUUAGUGCUGGAUGAACAUUGAAAAAUUUGGUUAAAAAAUCUUCACUAUUAUCAGAUAGGUUCUUAGAAAAGUCAAAAUUUUGCAACAACUCCUCGAAAAUUCUAAUUUCAUCUGGAUUCGCGAAUUGUUUGAAUGGAAUCUCUUUCGUUAUUCAAACUCGGCGCCCGUCACAGACAUUUUUAAUAGAAGAAUGAAAAAACUGAUUAUUGUUUCUUUCUCAUGAUCCCCCUGAUUUAGGCAUGUUCCUACGUACGUAUUAUACGCGAAUCGCGUGAAUAAUAAUUAACCUAUUAUAAUUAUGGAAACGGAGUGAAAUAUAAUAUAUAUACAUAUAUAUACAUAUAUGUUAUAAAUAGGUUUAUUUAAAUGUAUAGCUGUUCUAUAAUCCAUCCUGUGUGAUAUACAUAAAAUGAUCGCGAAUGAGUGAAGAAACGCACGAUAUAAAUAUAUAUCUAUAUAUCUGUACAUAUGAUAUUACGCAUAUAGGUAUAUAUAUAUAUAUGUAUGAGUCUAUCUGUACGUGCAUGUAUAUAUUAACGUGAGAAAAUGGGUGUGAAUGAAAUAAUUCACAUUGUACGUUGAAUUAUUAAUUACGAUCAUUAUGCAAUGCGUUGUUCAACUACUUAUGAUCGAAUUUAGGAGAGUAAAAGCUCCUCGUGUAUAAUAUUAAUAGUUGUAUCAUACCACAAUAGUAUUAACUCGACCUUGUCAAAGGCGGUGGAUGAAAUUUGAAGAAAAAAAAACAAACAAAAAAUUGUAUAUAUUAUUAUACAUAUUACAACAAAUAUAUAAAAUUAGACUUCUGACUAUAGCUCGUAGGUUUAAUUCCGUACUCUAGCUGUAGGUACAUAUAUAUUAAUGAUAUGGUAAAAUAAAACAAAUAAAUAAAAUGGAAUUUCAAUAAAA